UGAUCCCUUUACUAAAAUAAACUUUUGGGACAGGAAUCAUUAAAAUCUUUGAAGGCGGUUUCGACUGCCCCAUUAGAGGUGAAUUUGUCACCUUGCAAGAAGGAUAUAUAAUAAGAAUGCGGUGCACCUUGCAAUAAGAAUACGGUGGAUAUCUUAGACAUUGCAUUUGAAGCCUCUUUUAUUUGGAAGCAGUCUGUUGUGCAGUGUGUGGUCUAGCGAUUGACCAGCCUUGGUUGUUUAGCAGCUAGUUUUUAGUCUAGGCAGAUUUAAUAAAGUUAUAGUGAACGACGGUGGCACUAAUCCGCCAAACGCUCACAAGUUACGUUUUCGGAGUCAAUUUUGACUUGGGGCACGAAUUGUCUUGGUACUUAUCGUCAGGAUCCACUUUUCAUUACAGGUGUCAUCCCGGCACGGUAUAUUUUAGCCAUCCUGGGAUCUAUAGGAAUGGCCAUAGUGUAUGGUCUGAAAGUCAACUUAUCUGUGGCUAUGGUUGGUAUGUUAAACCAUACUGCUAUAAAAUUGGCUUCUCACGAUGAACCACAUGAAACUGCUUCCCAACCUUCGGAGCUAGAGUGUCAACCCACGAGUAAUUCAACUAGUAGCAAGGAUGUAGAUGGUCCAUUCCUGUGGUCGUCCGAAGUUCAGGGCAUUGUCCUCAGUUGUUAUUUCUGGGGAUAUUUUGUUUCGCAAAUUCCUGGAGGGCGAGUUGCAGAAUUGUUUUCUGCGAAAUGGGUGAUGUUCUUUAGCGUGACCAUCAAUGUAGUAUGUACAGUAUUAACGCCGGUGAUGGCUGAAGCUCAUUACAUUGCAGCUAUCAUAAUGAGAGUUGGUGAAGGUAUUGGUGGGGGCGUAACGUUCCCAGCGAUGCAUGUGUUGCUCUCAAAAUGGGCUCCGCCAGCUGAGCGGAGUGUCAUGGCGUCUCUUGUGUACGCGGGAACUUCACUCGGAACUGUCAUCUCCAUGCUAAUGGCCGGAGUUCUUACAGCUACUCUUGGCUGGGAAAGCGUGUUCUACGUGAUGGGAGGUCUGUCGUCUCUCUGGUGUGUUCUAUGGAUCUUCCUCAUUAAAGACUCACCAGAUGAGCAGCCACUUAUAAGCCAAGAGGAGAGAGAUCUGAUUAUCACUUCUCUUGGAGGAAAAUCUGAUGACCACUCGCAUAAGAACAUGCCGGUCCCAUGGAGAAAAGUCUUCACAUCUGGUCCGUUCAUGGCGAUCGUCGUCGCUCAUGCUUGUUCAAACUGGGGCUGGUACAUGCUGCUUAUCGAACUUCCCUUCUACAUGAAGCAAGUACUAAAGUUCAAUAUGACUGAGAAUGCAGUUACAACGGCACUUCCAUUCCUAUCACUAUGGUUCUUUAGCAUGGCUCUCAGUAAGACUUUGGAUUGGUUGCGGGGAAGGAACUUCAUCACAACAACGACAGCUAGGAAGAUUGGAACACUAUUCGCAUCAGUGGUGCCAGCGUCCUGUCUGCUCGCAGUAUGCUACAUCGGAUGCAACCGCGCGGCAGCGGUCGCGCUCAUGGCGAUCGGUGUUACCUGUAUAGGAGGAAUGUUUUGUGGAUUUUUAUCUAACCAUAUCGAUAUUGCACCUAACUUUGCGGGUACUCUAGUGGCAAUUACCAACACAGUGGCUACGAUUCCCGGAAUCGUCGUACCAAUUUUUGUAGGGGUGUUGACACAUGGAAAUCAAACAAUAUCCGCAUGGCGCAUAAUUUUCUUCGUCACAAUAGGCCUAUACAUAAUAGAAAUUAUAAUUUAUUCUAUAUUCGGUUCUGGUGAGGAGCAACCUUGGAAUAAUUUAAAUGACAACAAAACCGAUAGUAACCCUGAAGAAAGGCCUCUUAAUGUGGAUGAAAGAACAAAUGUCUAGACUAUGCCUAUUGAAAUGUCUUUAGUGUUGCUUAGUUUGUCGUUUCGGCUUAAUAUUCUCUUGUGGUUCGGUGUCAAAGCUACCCUAGCUUUUUAAAUUUGGAAGGCAGAAGGCUAUGAAGAUAAUAUUACUAAAAAUGUAAAGCAAUAUUUAUUGUAUUAUUAAAUUGUAGCCGUAAUUAUUUAUUUAGCCUCAGUUUGAGACAUUUCCACGCUAAGGCUACAAUCAAUGAAUUUACGCAUAAAUAAUAAGCCUUCAAGCUAUUUUUAAUCUCACUACAACGCUCUGUAAACAUUAGAAAUAUUUCAUGUUUUGUUCAGAAAUAAUUUUCUAAAUUAAAUUUACAUACUAUUUAUCUUUUAUGUUAUCAAGAUAACAUUGUACGACAUAAUAACAUACAUAUUUCAAUUGAUUUUAUAGGCACAAGUAACCAUGUGCCAUUAUAAGCUUUAAAUCGAAGCAGACUUUAGAAAUUAAAUUAGUUUAUUAGGUGGUAUAACUUAAGUCUAGCUUUCUACAGCUAUAUAUAUUAUAUAAUAGGUACUUAGCAUAUAUGUACAUAAUGUGUGUCAAGAAGUGAUGGCUGAAAUGAUUAAAUCUUUGAUUUUGUAUUAAAAAAUUGAUAUAUUUUUAACUGUAAGCAACUGUGUAUAAUGUAUAUCAUCAUCAUCGGCCUCUUUAUUUUGUCCAUUUCUGGACGUAGGCCUCCUUUAUUUGUCUCUAGUACGCACUGCAUUGGCUUCUCUGUAUCCGCUAGGAGCCAAUCGUCUUGGCGGUAUCGUCAGUGAAACUACUCGGUGGGCGGCAGCGCGGUCUUUUGUUCUGUCGAGGUCUCUAUUCAAGGGACUUUGUACUUACUAUAUAUUUAUUUGUAAUAUACGUUACUUUAAUAAUUUAUAUUGAUUUGCUAUCAUCUAGUUCUAGAUAUUGUUAGUAUAUUUUUUAAAAAGACUAUAACACACUUAAAUUCAGAAUCAUAAAAAAUCAUAAAUCACAAAUAGUUCAAUAUUUUCACGAGGGUGACAAAACAGUAUCUAAUUAGCCCAAGAAUUAUUAUAUAGUUACUACUUGUGAGUUUGAAUUCCGGAAAAAAUAUCAUACGUUUAAAAAAUUACCUCAAGCAUAAAUAAAAUGUAAGUGUGAGUCAAGGCUGUACAUUUUGCUCACUCAGGCUCUUAGAUUUAUAAGCACAGGAAAAUCUACGCAGACUCUUCAUAUUUAGUUUAUUAUUUAAAGCAUCACCCUGAACCAAUAACCGUACAAUAUGUGUAUGUAGUAUUUAAGUUAUUGAUAAAUCGACUGCUAUCGCCAAAGGCAUUUUGACUCAAGUACUUAGAGAUUAUAUUUUGUAAUAUUUUUUGCUAAUAAAAGCUUUUUUUACGUCU